AUGGCGAUGCUUAAUGAGGCCAGCUUGAGUCCCGUGGAUGCACACGGACCCACUGCAGCCGCACCCACGCACAGCAAGGCGGCGGGCGUCAGUGUCACCACAAUGCUGGCAACCAAAACCCCGUUCUCCAUCGAGCACAUACUGUUUCCAAAUUUAAAUAGUGCCAAUAAUAACAGUAGCAAUAACGCUUUAAACAAUAACAGCGGCAAUACCAAUAAUUACGUGUCCGGUCAAAAAAACACCAAGAAUGCUGUGAAAAGUGCCAGUGCCAGUGCCAUAGCCAGGAGCAGCUUCAUCCAUGACAAUAAUCUACAGAAGCAUUCUUCGCAUUUCAUGCCAUCUCAUCCGACCGUCGCUGCUUCGACUUCCCCAUCGGCAUCCGUAGUGGCGGCGGCGACGGCAGCUGCUCGCGGAGGCCAAGGAGCGUCGGGAUACGGUAGCGAGGAUUAUUCCAAGUCCUUGCACACCACACAACGAGGCAGCCAUCAUCAACGUUCUGGAUCAUCUGCGUACUCCUCUGAUCCGACGGCUCAGCAAGGAUCUGCGACUGGGCAGCAUCCCCCACCACCACCAGUGCCCGUGCCUCCGCCACCUCCUCCGCCGCCAAGUGGAGGAGCGGGAGGUCCCAAUGGAGUCCUGUACCCAAAUGCGCCCUACACCGAUCAUGGCUUUCUUCAGAUGACCCUCGGCUAUCUGUCACCAUCAUCGGGGACCUACAAGUCGGUGGAUCCCUAUUUUCUUUCACAAGCCAGCCUGUUCGGAGGAGCGCCCUUCUUCGGGGCGCCUGGGUGCGUGCCGGAAUUGGCCCUCGGUCUGGGGAUGGGGGUGAAUGCCCUGCGCCACUGCCGUCGAAGGAAGGCCCGCACAGUGUUCAGUGACCCGCAGCUAUCCGGCCUGGAGAAACGGUUCGAGGCGCAGCGGUACCUCUCAACACCGGAGCGGGUGGAGCUGGCCACUGCGUUGGGCUUGAGUGAAACGCAAGUGAAGACCUGGUUCCAGAACCGGCGGAUGAAGCACAAAAAGCAGCUACGGCGACGAGAUAAUGCCAAUGAACCCGUUGACUUCUCACGCACCGAACUGGGAAAGCAUCCGUCCGAAGCCUCCUCCUCGGAUCCCAAGCACGCCAAACUGAGCUCCGCAUCCGGGGCCGUGUCCACCCAGUCCACGAGCGAACAGCAGCAGCUACAGAUGUGCCUGAUGCAGCAGGGUUACUCCACGGACGACUACUCCGAUCUGGAGGCGGACAGCGAGGACGAAGACAACUCCAGUGACGUGGAUAUUGUCGGUGAUUCCAAGCUCUAUCAGUUAACAUAGAU